AUGUCCCACAACCAAGACCACCUGGCUUACGGCCAGUACCAGGGCCAGGACUCUGACCGUGCUGGUACUGGAGACAGCGCGAGGAGUCUCGUCGGCGACACAUUCAGCAUGUUGAAGAACAAAUACAAAACACACCAGGGAUCCCACUCGUCAGGUCCAGCACCCGGAAACCAGAACCAGCCGCCAUCGCAGAGCUAUAACCCCAGCGGAUACGGCAGUCAAACCAACCCAAAUCCCGGAUACAACCCCGGGCCGACCCAAGGUUCAGGCAACCAGGGGAAACCACCAAAGCAGGAUAAAGUGUCCGGGCUGUUCGGCAAGUUCCAGGGCGUCAUUGCAGACUACGGUGGUGAAUACGCUCAGAAAAUCGGAACCGCUAUCGAUCCCCAGGGGUAUGCAGAGUACGGAGCUAAGCCGCAGGCCCAGUCGCAAAACAGAUUCGGCAGUUUCGCCCCCGACCGUCCGGGCAACGAUGUACAGUGGUAUGUCGAUGGGUGCUCGUAUUUCUAUGCUGUCUCCAAGGCGCUGGAGUCGGCCAGAGAAUCCAUUUGGAUCUUGGAUUGGUGGCUAUCGCCAGAAUUAUACCUCAGACGGCCCCCGUCGAAGAACGAGCAGUACCGACUGGAUAGGCUGCUGCAUGCUGCUGCGCAACGAGGCGCAAAGGUCAACAUCAUUGUAUACAAGGAGGUCACUCAGGCGCUGACUCUUUCCUCGCACCAUACAAAACACCACCUCGAGAACCUUCACCCCAACAUCGCUGUGUUCCGCCACCCCGAUCACCUCCCAGACCGUCAAGGCCUGACCGCUCAAAUCACCUCUUCUCUUCAAAAUCUCUCUUUAGACGCCCUGAAGCUCGGGCAGAUGUCCUCCGACGCCAUGAAGGGCAUUUAUGGUAUCCACGAGGACAUGAUCCUCUACUGGGCCCACCACGAGAAACUUUGCAUCGUCGACGGCCGAGUCGCUUUCAUGGGCGGACUAGAUAUGUGCUAUGGACGCUGGGACACCCACCAGCACACCCUCGCCGACGUCCACGACAACCCCGCCGACAACGUUUUCCACGGCCAGGAUUACAACAACGCCCGCGUCCUGGACUUCACUGACGUUGCGCAUCCCGACCAGAACAAGCUCGAUCGAACGCAGACUUCGCGCAUGGGUUGGUCCGAUGUCGCCGUGAGUUUCCAUGGUCCAGCUGUAGAGGAUAUUCGCCGCAUGUUCGUCGAGCGCUGGAACUUCUUGUACGACAGCAAGUAUAAGUCCCGCAAUGAUGCUAGAUUCACCAGACUUGCGCUUUAUGGUCGCCCGAGCUCUUCUGGGCCGCCUCAGUCGCACCAGGGCGCUCAACAGCAGACGCCUUACCAGCCUGGUCAACCCCAAACCACCCAGCAGCAGGUCGGCGGUGCGGCUGCUGCCCAAGUGGCUCAGCCAAGCUGGUCUCAGCAGCAGACAGGCCAGCAACAGACUGCUCAACAACCUCAGUAUCAACCGGGUCAGCAACAGUCUGCUACACAAGAAGCCCAGCCUAGCUGGUCGCAGCAGCAGACAUACCAACCGGGCCAAACCCAAACCGGCCAACAGCACGUCGGUGGCGCAGCUGCAGCUGCCGCUGUCCAAGCGACUCAGCCGAGCUGGUCUCAACAGCAGACCUCGUACCAGCCGGGCCAGACCCAAACCACUCAGCAGCAGACGUCUUACCAGCCCGAUCAAAGCCAGCACAGCAGCACCCAGGGUACCGCACAAUCGAACCAGCCAGCUUGGUCUCAGCAGCAACCUCAAUACCAACCAUACCAGGCUGGCCAAGCCCAAUCUAGCCAGCAGUCAAAUCCCGGUACCCCCCAAGCUUCGGCUCCUUCCGCCCAACCCAGCUGGUCUCAGCAACAAUCCGGUUACCAGUCUGGUCAACACCAACAGGCCCAGCAGCAGCAUGGAGGCGACACCCAAGCUGCCAGUCAAUACCAACCCUACCAACCCGGUCAGCAGUCCCACCCUGGUACCCCACAGCCACAUGGAGGCGACACCCAAGCUGCCGGUCAAUACCAACCCUACCAACCCGGUCAGCAGUCCCACCCUGGUACCCCACAGCCUACUGCCCCAUCAUCGCAGCCAAGCUGGUCCCAGCAGCAGCCUGCAUACCAAUCCGGUCAGCACUCGUACUCUCCAGCUCCUCAGGGUGUCAGUGAGCUAGGUCCGUCGAGCCCUCAGCCGAGUUGGAAUCAACAACAGAGUCCGUAUCAGCAGAGCCAGCCUCAGCAGCAAUCGCACUCGAGCACUCCUCAGUCUGCUGCUCAGUCACCUUAUACCGGCCAAUCCUUCCCACCACCUCCCCCUGGACCACCACCAACUCAAGGUUCGACCCAAAGCCAAGCGGCGCCCUACUUCCCACCUCCUCCUUCGGAGCCUCAGCAGCAUACCCAGGAUGCCUCAUAUUCAGGCUCGAGGGGUGUUUCGGAUUAUGAUUCGGGAGACCGUGAGAGAGGACCUGGCGGCAAGCCAGGCUCCGGAUCCGUGCCUGGCUUCGUACCCAAGCGCUUCCGUGAAAACUUCGAUUCGCUUCGCGGUGAGCUGGCUGGUCAGAUUCAUCAAUACCAGGACCGCUUCGCCACCGGUAGUCUAGGACGACCCCAGCAGCGCGGAAACAUGUCCUGCCAGAUAUUGCGUAGCUGUGGAAAAUGGAGCAACGGCACUCCCACCGAGCACUCGAUCCAAGAUGCAUAUGCUGAGAUCAUCAAGCACAGUGAACACUUCGUCUAUAUCGAGAACCAGUUCUUCAUUACGGCAACGGGUGAUAAACAGAAGCCAGUCAAGAACCAGAUCGGUGCUGCUAUCGUUGAACGUAUUCUCCGCGCCGCCCGCGCUGGCCAGAAGUACAAGAUCAUCGUCGUAAUCCCCACCGUACCCUGCUUCGCAGGUGACCUGGCAGACCAAGCGGCUCUCGGAACUCGCGCGAUUAUGGAGUUCCAGUACAACUCGAUUAACCGCGGUGGCAACAGCAUCAUGGAGCUGAUUGCCAAGGAGGGAUACAACCCUAUGGAGUACAUCCGAUUCUACAACCUUCGGAACUAUGACCGCAUCAAGUAUGCCGCUCCCCAAGGCGUUCCCCAAGGCGCUCCACAAGGUGCACCUCAUGGAGCUCCAGGAUACGGAUCCGCUCAUCGCCCUGCCUUUGACACUUCGGCCGCCUACCAAUCGUACGGAGCCGCCCCUGCAGCAAGUCACAAAUCUGGGUCUGGGCAGCUGGACACUGUGAGCUCGUGCUACAUGCUCAACGGGCCAGACCUGCGUAGCCUCCCUUGGGACGGACCCAGCGAAGCGGAGAUCAACGCGUUCGUGACGGAAGAACUAUACGUGCACUCCAAGGUCAUGAUCGCUGACGACCGUAUCGUCAUCUGCGGAUCUGCCAACAUCAACGACCGCUCACAGGUCGGCGACCACGACUCGGAAAUCGCCGUGAUCAUCGAAGACCGAACCCCCGUCCCAUCCAAGAUGAACGGUCAGCCCUGGCCAGCCAGUCGUUUCGCGUCGUCUCUCCGCCGCCACCUCUUCCGGAAGCAUCUCGGCCUCCUCCCGCCCCAGAACUACGAGCAGCCCGAAAACGACCGCUUCGACUUCGAGUCCCCCGAGAGCCAGAUCGUCGCGGAUCCCUUGGCAGACACGUUCCUCAGCGUCUGGAACACCCGCGCGCACACGAACACUGGCGUCUACCGAGAGGUCUUCCACUCUGUCCCGGACGACACGGUGCGGAACUGGAGCACGUACAAGGAGUUCUACGGAUACUACUUCAAGAACGCGGAUAAGCAGGCCUUUGGUGAGGAGAUGGAUGGGCCGCCGGCGGCGUACAAGUACGGCCAUGUGGUUUCGGAGAAAUUCCCAGGUCCCGAAGGCGUGGCGCGAGUCAAGGAGCUGCUCAGCCAGGUGAAGGGGACUCUAGUGGAGAUGCCAUUGAUGUUCCUCUGUGAGGAGGAUGUGGCUGAGUCGGGGUUGACGCUUAACGAUCUGACAGAACCGCUGUACACCUAA